CCGGUGGCCAUCGCGGCCGCGCCGCCGGCCAUGGCGGCGGAGGAGGAGGACGACGUGGAGUGGGUGGUGGACACGAUCGCCGGGUUCCUGCGGGGGCCCGCCUGGUCCAUCCCCAUCCUGGAGUUCAUGGAGCACAACUGCGAGGUUUUUGAUGAUGAAGAAGAAAGCAAGUUGUCUUACACAGAGAUUUAUCAGGAGUACCAAGCUCUGGUGGAGAGGUUGCUAGAGGACUAUCUCAAAGAGGUUGGAAUCAAUGAGGAGAAGUUUCAAGAGGCUUUUUCAUCCCCACUUGCAAAGACUCACACCUCACAGGCCAUCCUGCAGACAGUGUUGGCAGCAGAGGAUUUUAGGCUAUUUAAAAAAAUGAUGGUGCAGAAAAACAUUGAAAUGCAACUGCAAGCCAUUCGGAUCAUCAAAGAGAGGAAUGGUGUGUUGCCUGAGUGUCUGACAGAGGGUUCUGAUGUGUUCAGUGAGAUUGAGCAAGAAGAAAUGAAAAUACUCAAGGAGGUUCUCAGAAAAUCCAAGGAAGAAUAUGACCUAGAGCAGGAAAGAAAGAGGACUGAGGAGGCACAAGCUAAACUCAGAGCACCAGAUGCCACCCACAGUUUGCCAGGGAAUUCAAGAGGAGCUGUCAAAGUGAAGGAAUCCACAGAGGGAGCUGAGGGUGCUGCAGAAACUCCCAGAUGUCCCCCAGAGGGAUCUCAUAAACCUCCGAAGGAAGACCUAAAACCAGCCUGCCCAGUACAAAAAGGAACUGAAAACUUACCUCAGCCUUCCUGUGCCAAGGGGAAAGAAGACACUAAGAAGAGGCCUGGGAAACACUCAGAGAACACAGCACAGAAAGCUGGGCUGAAAGGGCCUAGUUUAUCAGAAACCGAACAACAGGAGCUGAAGCAACGCGAGGAAUAUCUGAAGAAAAAAAGAGACCUGCUGCUGGCCACGAAGAAAGAGUCCAAAACCAGGGCACCAACCCCCCCAACCACAGACCAGAAAGAGGAGGAGACACCCAGACAGGAAGUGUCAGAAGAGAAGCAGAGGUUGCUCCAGAAGAGGAAGAUGCUGGCAGAGAAACUAAAAGAAGAGGUUAUUAAUAAGCGAUAGCUUUAAGAGCUCCUUGCAGGCCCCAGGAACAGAAGGGUGUUCUUAGAACAAAUUCUAUCAUCACUGAGUGAGGGGGUUUGGUUUCCAGUCUCACCCUUUAGCUUUAUAGAAGUCUCAGACAAGCAGCUCCGUCCUUGGUAAAUCAGUAUUUCGGUUACACUGACACACAGCACGAGCUCUCCUUUUCCAAGCGCUGGGAAUUCCCUGGCUGUCCAGCAGCGAGGCCCUGGGACACCCUGCAGUGCCCAGCCCUGCCCCGGCCUCUGCAGAGCCUGGAGAAGGGAAGCAGAGAUGGAGGGAGAGCAGGUGAAGUCAUUCCUGUGGCAACAAGUCAGAGCUAGACAUUGUAACUUUGGCAUUUUUAACAGUACAGAACAUGGUCCUUUUAUUAGCCUGUUAUAAAAUCACUCUUUGGCAGCUGUGCAACGUAAUAAAGUCCAAUUCCCCAAGGAA